AGGCCCUGCCAAAACCAACACUUUCCUUCUACAAAGCUACACCCUGGAAGUUUACCAGAGACAGCAGGCUUAUCUGACUGCUACCUGCUGCACUGCACACCUCUCCCAAACACGAUCCCUCCAGGCCAACUGCGUGGAAACCUGAUGAAAACAAGCAAUAAUGCAGGAUUUAUUAAAGCUGCAGGCAACGACUACAUAAAAUGAGUCCUGUUUUUUUGCAUGUUUACUCAUAUUUUAACACGAAAAAGAGUCGAGGAAGAACAAACACAGUUUACAAUGGAAGGUUUACCUGUAGGCUGGACAGUGCACAGCUAUGACCAUGGAGGAGGAGAAGGAGAAGGAGGAAAAGGUGGUUUGCUAAAAGAUGGAAAAUCUCCCAAAUUACAUGUUUAUGAAUUGUUCCAUGAAGAUGCACAGGGUUUCCUGGUGUCCAGUCAGCCCUGGUGGAGAGUAAAGCUCUUUGUUUGGGAGCCAGUCCUCUUUGGUACAUGGGAUGGCGUCUUCACCUCCUGCAUGAUCAACAUAUUUGGUGUGGUGCUAUUUCUGCGAACUGGCUACCUCGUGGGGAACACCGGAGUGCUGCUGGGCAUGUUCCUAGUCUCAUUGGUGGUUGUCGUGGCUCUGGUGACGGUGUUUUCGGGUGUCGGGAUCAGUGAGCACUGUGGAGUCGGAGGAGGAGGGAUCUACUCCAUGAUCUCCUGUGUCCUGGGCGGCAGGGUGGGAGGGACAGUUGGACUCCUGUAUGUGUUUGGACAGUGUGUAGCGGGGGCCAUGUACAUCACAGGUUUCUCAGAGUCAGCUGCGGUGUUGUUGGGUCUUCAGCAGCAGUGGGCAGUGCGGACCGUGUCUGCGGUUGUACUCCUGGCUCUGCUCGGUAUAAACCUGGCCGGUGUGAAGUGGAUCGUACGUCUGCAGCUGCUUCUGUUGGCAGUGCUCGCAGUGUCCACUCUGGACUUUGUCAUUGGCACCUUCACCCACCUCGAUCCCGAGCACGGCUUUGUUGGUUAUACCGAAGAACUACUCCAAAGUAAUUCAAUGCCAGAUUACAGCCCAGGGGAAAGUUUCUUCACUGUGUUUGGAGUCUUCUUUCCGGCUGCUACAGGGGUUAUGGCAGGCUUCAACAUGAGCUCCGACCUUCAGAGGCCUGAACACAACAUCCCAGUGGGAACGCUUGCAGCUGUCUUCACCUCGUGGUUCCUGUAUCUGGUCUUUGUCUUUCUUCUGGGGGCCAUCUGCACUAGAGAAACACUGCGCUAUGACUUCUUAAUAGCAGAAAAGGUCUCCUUGGUGGGUUUCCUCUUUCUCCUCGGACUCUACAUCUCAUCCUUGGCUUCAUGCAUGGGCGGCUUGUACGGAGCUCCCAGAAUCCUUCAGUGCAUAGCUCAGGAGCGGGUCAUCCCUGGUCUCUCCUUCCUGGGACAAGGGAAAGGCCCUAACAAGACACCAGUGGCUGCAAUUUGCCUCACCGGCCUGUUGACCAUGGCUUUUGUAUUGAUAGGACAAGUGAACAUUUUGGCCCCUAUAGUCACAAUCAACUUCAUGCUAACAUACAGCUUCAUCGACUACUCUUUCUUUUGUGUGGCUAUUACCUACCAACUUCAGACUAAAGACAAAAAGAAAACACACUUCUUGGCCAAACAAAAGGAAUGUAGGACCGCUCCAAGUAUCUGUAGACCGCUGAUUGAAAAUAACCUCCCAAACUAUGGCAGUGGAGACCUGAGUCCACAGAAAAAAGGGACACUUUUGGAAUUUACAAAUGACAUGAAUCAAAUAUUUCCAAAUGACGGUGAAUCUAUGAAAGAUCUCUCCACCAAAGAACAAAAAUGCAACAGCAAGAGAAAAGUAGAUGUUAAGCAGAUGCUAAUGAACAGUUUUGAUUUAAAAAGUGAACAAUCAAAAUAUGUGGAUGGACAAGAGGAGGGAAAGACAAGCAAUUUGACAUGUGCUGACACAGCUGACCGAGGAUCUGUGCUCACAAAGGACAAGGAGCUUCACCCACCUGUGGAGCAAAACAUCAACACAGUUUUAGAUGAUGAAGUUUCCAAAGACCAUGGAAGCAUUGAAAUAAAACCUAUUACCAACUCAUUUUAUCAAAAGGUCUGCAACCACUGGAUAGCUCUGAUUGGGGCUUUCGGCUCUAUUAUGAUCAUGUUUGUUAUUGAAUGGAUCUAUGCACUGGCAAACAUAUCAGUGGCCUUGCUGCUUUUCUUUUACAUUGGAAAAACAAACCCUGGACUACCUUUAGGUAUCGCUGCUCGGUUCAGCUUUUUUAAAUGGCUGAAAACAACACUGAAAAAUAUUGGCAGGGAAAACAGCCUCCCUCAGGAUGAGAUAGUUUUGACACCGUCCCUUCCCGGCGUCGGAUUGAAAACUAAACAAUUGACUGAAGAAAACGCUGAUUUUGCCUCUCGACUCAAAUAUCACCAGUCUUCUUUCAUUGGGCCGGACAACAUGGUUCAACCGACACUGUCUGAAGUUAAUAGUCUUAAAUGACAAUGGGAGAAUCCACAUGUUUCUGUCUGUAAAUAAAAUGAUUGCAAAUGAACAA